UUCUAACAAUAUUGUUCACUCAACAACCAAGUAUAAGUAGUCAAGUUAUUCUUUGAUUUUCAGCUCUCAAACUCGGAAAGCCACCUUAUUUCCUAGAUCCGACACACUCGAUAAAGUCCUACCGGCUAACCCGGCUAGUAGCAACUACUAUUUCAAGAUCAUUUUCCUACUUUGUCAGAGGUGGUCAGGGGGGGAUGCAAGGCAAGCUGUCAAAUCAUAUGUUCCACAAAUAGAUUUCGAUGGGAGGAGUUUGCUGCCUGCGGGCGUAAGUACCCACUGGGCAUACACUGGUUGAAUAAAACGUUGUUUCCACGUCAUUUCAAUGAAAUCACGUUGAACCAACGUGGAAUAGACGUUAAAUUGACGUCUGUGCCCAGUGGGUAGAGACAAACCCCACCUAGAGCAUCUUUACUAAGCAAGUGCUCUCUAAAAGUCAAAGCCUUGCAAUGGCUCUGAAGUAGGCGUGGAUAUCGUGGAGACUGAGACAGAGUGGUGAACGAACAUUCCUUCGCGUCAAAGGAGUUCUAUGAAAACGGACCCGGAACACUGUCAUCUCGUUGCAAACAUUUUUGACCUCUUGAGGAGAAAAGGGAAAGCAUCCAUUGCUCAGGUUUAACUUCAACCAACUCUUGAGGGUUUUCAAAUGACUUUCACCUGACUGAUCCAGACUGGACAACAGCAUGCCAAUCCUGGAGAGAGAGCCGCCGAAAGGCCGCAGGGAAAGCUAUGUCCUGCCCAAGGUGCCUGUCCCACCCCUGAAGCAAACUCUGGACAUGUACCUGACCAGUAUUAAACACCUGGUGAAGGAGGAACAGUACCGGCAGACUAAAUCCAUUGUGGAGAAGUUCGGAGAACCAGGCGGCACUGGAGAGCUGCUGCAGAAGAAGCUACUGGAGAAGAGCGACAACACACACAACUGGGUGUAUGACUACUGGCUUGACGAUAUGUAUUUGAAUCAGAGAUUGGCCCUACCAGUCAACUCCAAUCCUGCCAUGGUCUUCCCAAAACAAGACUUUAGAGAUCACAAAGACUCACUCCGAUUCGCUGCUCACCUCAUCACAGGAGUUCUGGAGUAUAAGGAACGUAUUGACACGAGGGCGUUGCCCGUGGAUUUUUCUCGGGGCCGGCUGGCUGGGACCCCUCUGUGUAUGAAGCAGUACUACCGUCUCUUCAACACAUACCGUCUGCCCGGCCUCAAGAGGGACACCCUCGUCAUCCACGAGGCUGGGUCCACCGAGCAGGAGCACAUCAUCGUUGCAUGCAAGAACCAGUUCUUUGUGUUGGACCUAGUGGUAAAGGAGAAAAAACUGAAAGAAAUUCACAUCUUGACCCAGCUGGAGAAGAUAGUAAAGAUGGCAGGGAACACAGAGGAGAGACAGCCUUCGUUUGGUCUGCUGACGUCUGAUGGAAGAACAGAAUGGGCCCAGGCUAGAGACGUACUCAUUAAAGAUUCAGUUAACAGAGAGUCGUUGGCUGUGAUCGAGAAGUGUCUGUGUGUGGUGUGUCUAGACGACCCCAGUGGGGUGGAGGUUGGGGAUACCAGCCGAGCCCUGCUGAUGCUCCAUGGAGGAGGCCAUGAGAAGAUGGGGGCAAACCGCUGGUAUGACAAGCCAAUGCAGUUUGUUGUAGGGGAGGACGGAGUCUGCGGAACGGUGUGCGAGCACUCACCCUUCGAGGGAAUAGUUCUGGUGGCGUGUACUGAAUACUUGAUGAAAUUCAUGACAGGAAGUCCCUCACAGAUGGGGAGGGCCACCAACGUGUCGGAGCUUCCUACUCCUCGCAGACUGCUCUGGAAGACCACACCUCACAUCCAUGACCUCCUGAAAGCCUCUGCUGAGAGACUGCAGAGGUUGGUUAGAGAUCUUGACAUGGAUGUACACAAGUUUGAGGUCUAUGGAAAAGAAUUCAUCAAGAAACAGAAGAUGAGUCCAGAUGCGUACAUACAGGUGGCUCUACAACUGGCCUUUUACAGGUGCAAUGGACGGCUGGUGUCCACUUAUGAGAGUGCUUCUAUCCGUCGUUUCCACGAGGGCCGGGUGGACAACAUCCGCUCAGCGACCCCCGAGGCUUUGGCCUUCGUGAAGGCCAUGACGGACGAGAAGACAUCUCUCUCUGAUUCAGAAAAGAUUAAACGAUUGUGGGAUGCGAUUAAUGCCCAGACAAAUUCCACAAUUGCAGCUAUUACAGGGAUGGGAAUAGACAAUCACCUUCUAGGACUCAGAGAGAUCUCCCAGGAGAUCCAUAUGGAGGUGCCAGAGAUCUUCACAGAUGAAACCUAUGUGGCCAGUAACCAGUUCAUUCUCUCCACCAGUCAGGUCCCCACCACAGUGGAGAUGUUCUGUUGCUAUGGCCCGGUGGUUCCUAACGGUUACGGGUGCUGCUACAACCCGCAGGCAGACCACCUCCUCUUCAGCGUGACCAGUUUCCACGGCAGCACCGAGACCAGCUCGGCCGUUUUUAUCAAGGCUCUGGACGAGGGCCUCGUAGAGAUGAGGGAUCUGUGCGAGAAGAGCAAUAAGCCUCAGAGCGACACUGCCGCUGCCUCGAAGGCGGUUGAGAAAAGCCAAGGAGCUGGCAGCAAGCCUCUGAGCACACCUCAGAAAACAGGGAAAUAAGUCAUACUGAGGUAUUAUUACGGUGUCCAUAUUAGGACAGCCUCAGUAGUUACGCUCAACUCCCCACAGAUUACGGUGUCCAUAUUAGGACAGCCUCAGUAGUUACGCUCAACUCCCCACAGAUUACGGUGUCCAUAUUAGGACAGCCUCAGUAGUUACGCUCAACUCCCCACAGAUUACGGUGUCCAUAUUAGGACAGCCUCAGUAGUUACGCUCAACUUCCCACAGAUUACGGUGUCCAUAUUAGGACAGCCUCAGUAGUUACGCUCAACUCCCCACAGAUUACGGUGUCCAUAUUAGGACAGCCUCAGUAGUUACGCUCAACUCCCCACAGAUUACGGUGUCCAUAUUAGGACAGCCUCAGUAGUUACGCUCAACUUCCCACAGAUUACGGUGUCCAUAUUAGGACAGCCUCAGUAGUUACGCUCAACUUCCCACAGAUUACGGUGUCCAUAUUAGGACAGCCUCAGUAGUUACGCUCAACUCCCCACAGAUUACGGUGUCCAUAUUAGGACAGCCUCAGUAGUUACGCUCAACUCCCCACAGAUUACGGUGUCCAUAUUAGGACAGCCUCAGUAGUUACGCUCAACUUCCCACAGAUUACGGUGUCCAUAUUAGGACAGCCUCAGUAGUUACGCUCAACUUCCCACAGAUUACGGUGUCCAUAUUAGGACAGCCUCAGUAGUUACGCUCAACUUCCCACAGAUUACGGUGUCCAUAUUAGGACAGCCUCAGUAGUUACGCUCAACUUCCCACAGAUUACGGUGUCCAUAUUAGGACAGCCUCAGUAGUUACGCUCAACUUCCCACAGAUUACGGUGUCCAUAUUAGGACAGCCUCAGUAGUUACGCUCAACUCCCCACAGAUUACGGUGUCCAUAUUAGGACAGCCUCAGUAGUUACGCUCAACUCCCCACAGAUUACGGUGUCCAUAUUAGGACAGCCUCAGUAGUUACGCUCAACUUCCCACAGAUUACGGUGUCCAUAUUAGAACAGCCUCAGUAGUUACGCUCAACUCCCCACAGAUUACGGUGUCCAUAUUAGGACAGCCUCAGUAGUUACGCUCAACUCCCCACAGAUUACGGUGUCCAUAUUAGGACAGCCUCAGUAGUUACGCUCAACUUCCCACAGAUUACGGUGUCCAUAUUAGGACAGCCUCAGUAGUUACGCUCAACUUCUGACACGCGUCCAGGUAUGUCGUGAAAGUAGUGUUAGCGCUCGUUGUCCUCUGUGUAUAUUUUGGUGUUUGUGCGAUGAAGUCGAUGUUUUUCCGACUUUAUCUCUCGAGUCAAUUUGAAUUAUUAACUAUGUAACAAUGUACAUACAACUAAUAUGGAAGGAAACAUAUAGAUGUAGAAAAUACGAUGUAGAUGUUCUCAUUCACCAUUGCUACCCGGGUGGGAGUCUAGACAGAGCAUAGCUCACCGGUCUGGUAAUAGGGAACUAAAGACAUGCCUGAUAUUUCAGUAAUGUAGUGACGAACAGCUCCUCUUCACCCAGAGAAUGAAUGAACUUACUCCUAAAUGAUCUCAGCGUACUGUUUAUUCAGCUUUGUCGAAACAACAACUCCUAAAUAUAUACCGGAAUAUAUUGUUAUCAAUAUAUUCACAUUUAUAGUGCAAACAUUGAUCAUAUUGUAACUAAUGGGGUUCAAGUCCGGACAGCAACCUAACCCAUAGGGAAAGAGCAGACGUAGGAACUAGGUUUAAAGAUCAUCACUAUAAUGAUGCUGCCAAAGAGGGAUAUCUAUCUAGUAAAGCCUACAGCAGGGCUCUCCAACCCUGUUCCUGGAGAGAUACCGUCCUGUAGAUUUUAACUCCAACCCUGUUCCUAGAGAGAUACCCUCCUGUGGGUUUUAACUCCAACCCUGUUCCUAGAGAGAGACCCUCCUGUAGGUUUUAACUCCAACCCUGUUCCUAGAGCGAUACCCUCCUGUGGGUUUUAACUCCAACCCUGUUCCUAGAGAGAUACCCUCCUGUAGGUUUUAACUCCAACCCUGUUCCUGGAGAGAUACCAUCCUGUAGGUUUAAACUCCAACCCUGUUCCUGGAGAGAGACCCUCCUGUAGGUUUAAACUCCAACCCUGUUCCUGGAGAGAGACCCUCCUGUAGGUUUAAACUCCAACCCUGUUCCUGGAGAGAUACCCUCCUGUAGGUUUUAACUCCAACCCUGUUCCUGGAGAGAUACCCUCCUGUAGGUUUUAACUGCAACCCUGUUCCUGGAGAGAUACCCUCCUGUAGGUUUUAACACCAACCCUGUUCCUGGAGAGAUACCAUCCUGUAGGUUUUAACUCCAACCCUGUUCCUAGAGCGAUACCCUCCUGUAGGUUUUAACUCCAACCCUGUUCCUGGAGAGAUACCCUCCUGUAGGUUUUAACUCCAACCCUGUUCCUGGAGAGAUACCCUCCUGUAGGUUUUAACUCCAACCCUGUUCCUGGAGAGAUACCAUCCUGUAGGUUUUAUCUCCAACCCUGUUCCUGGAGAGAUACCCUCCUGUAGGUUUUAUCUCCAACCCUGUUCCUGGAGAGAUACCAUACUGUAGGUUUUAUCUCCAACCCUGUUCCUGGAGAGAUACCAUCCUGUAGGUUUUAUCUCCAACCCUGUUCCUGGAGAGAUACCGACCUGUAGGUUUUAACUCCAACCCUGUUGGAGUGUAAAUCUGUUCAGAGGUGCUAAGUACUCUCGGCCGGCAAACACUACCGGUUUGUCCGUGCCUUUAAACUUGAGACGGAUAUGUUUACCGUACAGUAUUUCUGAGGUAUUUCCACAGGUAUAGCUAGUAUAGAUUCUGCGCAAUAUUCAGUACUAUCUCAUACUGUCUCAAACUGCUUUAGACUGUCUCAUACUGUUUCAUACUGCUUCAUACGGUCUCAUACUGCUUCAUACUGUCUCAUACUGUCUCAUAUUGCUUCAUACUGUCUCAUACUGUCUCAUACUGCUUCAUACGGUCUCAUACUGCUUCAUACUGUCUCAUACUGUCUCAUACUGCUUCAUACUGUCUCAUACUGUCUCAUACUGCUUCAUAUAGUCUCAUACUGCUUCAUACUGUCUCAUACUGUCUCAUACUGCUUCAUACUGUCUCAUACUGCUUCAUACUGUCUCAUACUGCUUCAUACUGUCUCAUACUGUCUCAUACUGCUUCAUACUGUCUCAUACUGUCUCAUACUGCUUCAUACGGUCUCAUACUGCUUCAUACUGUCUAACUACUGUCUCAUACUGCUUCAUACUGUCUCAUACUGUCUCAUACUGUCUCAUACUGCUUCAUACUGUCUCAUACUGUCUCAUACGGUCUCAUACGGUUUCAUACUGUCUCAUACUGUCUCAUACUGCUUCAUACUGUCUCAUACUGCUUCAUACUGUCUCAUACUGUCUCAUACUGUCUCAUACUGCUUCAUACUGUCUCAUACUGCUUCAUACUGCUUCAUACUGUCUCAUACUGUCUCAUACUGCUUCAUACUGCUUCAUACUGUCUCAUACUGCUUCAUACUGUCUCAUACUGCUUCAUACUGUUUAAUCUCUGAAGGUAAAUUGUCAAUUGGAUGUGGUGAUUCUGUGGAAGAAGUUGUUCUUAACGGGUUGUGUGAAUUAUGCAGAUGAAUAGGAAUGUAUUAUUGGUGUUGAUGUGCUGCUUGUUGAGGAUUUCCAAAUGGCACCCUAUUCCCUUUAUAGUGCACUUCUUUUGACAUGGGUCCAUAGGGCUCUGGUCUGAAGUAGUGCACUAUAUAGGGAAUAGGGUGCCAUUUGGCAUUCAGUCUUUCUUUCCUCUCAGCCUAAUGUGUGGUUCCACUCAUUUAAUAGAAACUACAGGAAGUCUGUAGCUAUUCAUGUUAAUAAUUUACGAAAAAAAAUUAAAAGCCUAUUUAUUUUUGUAGCUAAAUACAUACAUUUAUUUUCAUCAGAAAAUCUACAUGAUGUCUACACUUUAAUUGUAUUGUAUGAGAUAUAUUUGUGAGAAUAUAUUGUAACCUUAAAUUGUAUUGUAUGAGAUAUAUUUAUGAGAAUAUAUUGUAACCUUGUGCUGUGUAGAGAAUACUGCUAUAAAGAUUAUUUAUGUCCUGAAAUAAAAUGGAGUCCAAAAUA